AUGGAUAAAGACGCUGAAAGUGCUGAGCAGACGCAUGUUGAUGGACUUAAAAAGAUUGCUGAAAGACCAAAAUGGGACAAUAAAGUCCAAUAUUUGCUAACCUGCAUAGGUUUUGCUGUGGGACUUGGCAAUGUGUGGAGAUUUCCAUAUUUGUGUCAAAUCUAUGGCGGAGGGGCUUUUCUGAUUCCUUAUGCCAUUGCCUUGGUGUUUGAGGGACUUCCUCUGCUGCACAUGGAACUGGCCAUCGGACAACGACUCCGCAUGGGAAGUGUUGGAGUGUGGAAUUCAAUCUCCCCUUAUCUGGGAGGUUUAGGUGUGGCCUCCUUAGUAGUGUCCUUUCUAGUUGGUCUGUUCUACAACAUGAUCUUGGCCUGGAUCCUCUGGUACUUCUUCCACUCCUUUCAAAAUCCACUUCCGUGGAGGGACUGCCCAUUAAAUUUGAAUCUCACUGGCUAUGUAAGUGAAUGUGAGAAGAGCUCACCAGUGAACUAUUUCUGGUAUCGUGAAACACUGAACAUUACGCCUAACAUUGAGACCAGUGGGUCCAUACAGUGGUGGCUAGUGCUUUGUCUUGCAUCUGCUUGGUGCCUUGUGUACAUCUGCUUCAUACGUGGAAUUGAGACUAUUGGGAAGUGGGAAACCCUGAAAAACCCUGAGGUCUGGUUGGAUGCUGCUACUCAGAUCUUUUUCUCUUUGUCUUUGGCCUUUGGGGGACUUAUUGCUUUUUCCAGUUACAAUGCUCAAAAGAAUAACUGUGAGAGAGAUGCCCUAAUUGUUGGAUGUGUGAACAGUUUUACAUCAAUUUAUGCAUCAAUUCCUAUUUUUGCCAUACUUGGAUUUAAAGCAAAUGAAAACUACAAUGGCUGCAAAAAUUGGAACAUACUGAGAUUGACUAAUUCUUUCAACAUUGGGGAUGAGAACAUAACCCUUGAGAACUAUGACGACUGGUUUAAGUAUCUCAACAAAACUGAUCCCUCAGAGGUUGAAAGCCUCAAUCUAAAGACAUGUAACCUGCAGACUUUCCUGGACCAAAGCGCCUCUGGAACCGGACUGGCCUUCAUCGUGUUCACUGAGGCGGUGAUAAAAAUGCCAGGCUCUCAGGUGUGGGCGGUGCUCUUCUUUGUCAUGCUCUUCAGCCUGGGCCUCUCCUCUAUGUUUGGAAAUCUAGAGGGGGUCCUUACUCCUCUGCUUGACCUGCACAUGAUUCCACCCUGGAUUCCUAAAGAAAUUUUCACAGGGUUAAUGUGCCUCACCUCCUUUACUGUGGCCCUAAUCUUUACUUUGGGCUCUGGGAACUACUGGCUGGAGAUUUUCAACAGCUAUGUGGGAUCCAUUCCUCUGCUCAUCAUAGCAUUCUUUGAGAUCAUUAGCGUAGUAUACAUAUAUGGAAUAAACAAGUUUAAUGACGACAUUGAAUGGAUGUCAGGUCGGAGACCAAACAUUUACUGGCAGGCCACUUGGCGCUUCAUCAGUCCUUUCAUGCUUCUGGUGGUUUUUGUGGCAUACGUUGCAGUUGAGGCUGAAAAACAACCUACAUAUAACGCCUGGAACCCAGAUUACGUGCAAUUCCCCCUUGCUGAUGUUCAGCCCUAUCCCAAAUGGGUUUUUGUUAUCUGUGUGCUCUUAUCUGUCAUUCCUGUUGUAUCCAUUCCUCUUGUGGCUCUCUACAAAUUAAUGGGCUUUCUGAAGAAGUACAUCAUGAACAGGCACAACCAAAAUCCGUAUGCAAAUGAAUAAUGUCAUGGAGAAUUGUAAGGGAAGAGUUUAGCUAAUUUACCUGAUUGGUGGUCAGGACUACCAGUGGCAGGCUACAUACCAUUCGAGAUAUGUUGUCAUUUAAUAACCUCUUCAUUUGGAAACUACAAGGCAAACAAAAGGUUUUCACUGAUUUUUCUUUCAUACAGUAUGUUUUCUAUCUUUAGAUUAGUAUGGUAUUACAAGCUUCUAAUUACAUUACAUACAGUAAACGUGAUUUUAUCAUUUCAUCAUCAGCUGUAAUUUCAGUAUGUUUGCUAAAUUAAAACACAUUCAUUUGCUGUAAUUUUAGUAUAUUUGCCAAUUAAUUUUUUAUUUUUUUAUUUACACAAGUGCAUUUAUAUUGGUGAAGGAAAUGUGAUCACUGUCUACUAGAUCAAAUCACCGCAGGACAAUAUCCCUGAGAAAAAUAUUAACAAAACAAUACCAAAGACUGGAACUGAAUAUGAGGUCUGUGUUAAUAUUUGA